GAGAGCCUAUUCAAGUUAUUCUUCUAACGAGAAUUAGACCAUAUUUAUUAACUUUUCUAAAGUCGCAUGCUGCAUCUUCCAUCUUGAAUUUCUCAGCCUUGCGUCAAUCUAUUUACUACCGAUACAUUCGUUGUAGUCCAACCACUCACUCCCAUUCCACUUCUAUCCUACAUACCCCCAAACCGAAUACCUCAAAACCACCAUGGCGGACGCAAAGAUUCAGGAGCUUCUCACGAAGCCGCGCAACGAAUUAACUGAAUACGAGAUUUCCUUGCUCGAGGAACACGAGUUCAGUGCCGGUCCUCUAUCCAUUCUACAGACCGCCGUCCGAAGCCAUACCCAAGUUCUCAUCUCGUGUCGCAACAACCGCAAGCUUCUCGCUCGCGUCAAGGCCUUUGAUCGACAUUGCAACAUGGUGCUGGAGAACGUCAAGGAGAUGUGGACCGAGACCCCCAAACUCUCCAACGGAAAGAAGGGAAGGCCCGUUAACAAGGAUCGGUUUAUUAGCAAGAUGUUCUUACGAGGAGACUCGGUUAUUCUAGUUUUGCUCAGCUAGAUGAUUGGAAAUGAGUUCUAGCUACUUUGUACUCUAACGCAUUCUACACGGCAUGAUCUUUUCCAUGGGAUGUCCAAAACAGGAAGACCAGGUCUCGAAGGUUGGGACGGCAUUUUGAUGCAGAUUGUUUAUCCAUCUUCCAGGGUACGGUCAUUAUGGACAUGCUGGCCAGCUUAAACUGCGACGCAGCUGAGAGAAUGGGCUUAGCAUGGAGGGAAAAGAUACAAUAUCUAGCCGUGGCAUUAAUGAGAGAGCUGACGCUACCUGA